AUGCGUUUCCAAGCCGCUUCAGUAUUACUCUUACCUCUGGCUCUUGCCACCCCUAUCAACCCUACAUCCGAUGAUGCUCAAAUUGCUCCCCUCGCGGAGAACGGUGAUCACAUCGAAGAUGCUUAUAUCGUAGUCUUCAAGAAGGGUGUCGACACUAAUCAAAUCGCUCUUCAUCUUACUGGUAUUGAGGAGCAGCAUGGUUUGGAUCCCCUCUACUCUUUCUCAUCUGAUGGAGAGGUAGAAUCUGGAGGUAUCAAGCAUGUUUACCAACCUCCCACUUCUGAUAGCGGAUAUUACGGUUAUGCCGGAAAGUUUUCCACCAACACCUUGGCUACUAUUCGAUCUUCUCCCGAAGUCGCCUAUGUAGAGCGAGAUCAGAUUGUUCGAACUCAAGAGAUCCCACAAGGUGUUGACGAUUGGCUUGAAUCUGACUCUGACUCAUAUCCUGAAAGCGAACUCGCUUCCGACAGCGUCACCACCGAGAAAGGUGCUCCAUGGGGUCUUGCUCGAAUCUCUCACCGAAACGAACUUCGACUCUCCACUUUCACCGAAUACCACUAUGACUCUCACGGUGGUGACGGUGUUACCGCUUAUAUCGUUGACACCGGUAUCAACAUCGAUCACGUCGAAUUUGAAGGCAGGGCCAAAUGGGGUAAAACCAUCCCCAAGAACGAUGUAGACAAAGAUGGAAAUGGUCACGGUACUCACUGUGCCGGUACUGUCGCCAGUAGAAAAUAUGGUGUAGCCAAGAAUGCUAAGCUCGUUGCUGUCAAAGUCUUGGGAUCUAACGGUUCCGGAUCUAUGUCUGAUGUAGUUGCCGGUGUCUUAUGGGCCGCUGAAGCCGCCUCCGCCGAAGCUGCUGAUGCCGCUAAAGAAGUCGCUGCUACUGGAAAGACCAAGUACAAGGGUUCUGUCGCCAACAUGUCCCUUGGUGGUGGUAAAGCCAAGUCUCUUGAUGACGCUGUUAACGCCGCUGUCGAAGCUGGAUUACACUUUGCCGUUGCUGCCGGAAAUGACAAUAAAGACGCUUGUAACUAUUCUCCUGCCGCCGCAGAGAAAGCAGUCACAGUUGGUGCUUCCACCCUCGGUGACGAGCGAGCUUACUUCUCCAACCAUGGUAAAUGUGUCGAUAUCUUCGCUCCCGGUCUCAACAUUUUCUCAACCUGGAUCGGUGGUAACUCAAGCACCAACACCAUCUCCGGUACUUCCAUGGCUUCUCCUCACAUCUGUGGUCUCCUUGCCUACCUCGUCUCCAUCCACGGUACUGAGACUUUCAACCUCCUUAACAUUGAUCUCGAAGACUCAGUCACACCAACUGGUCUCUACGGUAAAGCAUACUCACUCUUACCUAAACUCGCUCAAGCUGUUCUUCCCGCUCCCGAAGUCGCUACAAACGAUGAUGUCACUUCUUCAAACAGCAAAGAUACACUCACUCCUGCUAAACUCAAGAAAGCUUUAGUAGCUCUGGCCACAGUUGGUAAACUCCCUUCUAAGGAUCUUCCAGCUGGUUCUCCAAACCUUCUCGCAUUCAACAAUGCUACCCACCCUGGAAAGUAA